GGAACAUCAUUUGUGUGCUUCAUUGCAUUCAACCGAAAAAAAACCAAUGUCGGGAAUAUUGAUUGCUCAUAUUUAUGAUUUAAUGGAACGAGCUACCAAGAAGGCAUUCAAAGUGAAGAUUACUUUAGCUUGAUCUUGCUUCCUUUUUUUCUUUUCAUUUCUGAAUCGGUUUAUUCAAACAGAGCUACUGUCUGGAUUUACACCAAUGGUUUCUUAUAUCGACAAUAUGCGCGGAUCAAGAGAAACUCUACUGGGGCAACGGAUACAUUAAAUGGCUAUCAUUGUCUAUGAACCUCUAGUUAACACUUUGUCUGUUUUUUGACUGAAAUAAAUUUCUAGGACACAAUGAAGGAUAUCUACAAGGAAGAGAUUCUCCCCGUCCCCGCUAAUGUCGAGGUCCAGAUCAAGUCCCGCAUUGUGACCGUCACCGGUCCUCGCGGUACUAUCACCAAGAACUUCCGUCACGCUGAGAUGGACAUUGUCAAGUUGGAUACCGCCCGCAUCCGCCUUGUUGUCUGGCACGGCAAGCGCAAGCACGUUGCUUGCCUCCGCACCAUCCGUUCAUUGAUCCAUAACAUGAUCGUUGGUGUUACCAAGGGUUACGAGUACAAGAUGCGUUUCGUCUAUGCCCAUUUCCCCAUCAACGUCAUUAUUGCUGAUGACCAAAAGUCGGUUGAAAUCCGUAACUUCGUUGGUCAAAAGAUCAUCUUGAAGGUUCCCAUGUUGGAUGGCGUUACCAUUUUCCACUCCAAGGAUCAGAAGGAUGAGAUCACCUUGCAGGGCAACGAUGUUGACAACGUUUCUCAGUCUGCUGCCAACAUCCAGCAGGCCACCACCGUCAGAAACAAGGAUAUCCGUAAGUUCUUGGAUGGUAUCUACGUCUCCCAAAAGGGUGCCAUCAAGGCUGAUGACGAAUAAAAAGGAGGUUUCUCUUUUUCUUUUUUAUCCCUCAUUAAAAAUCUGGAGUGAAGAAUCCAACACAUUUUUUCGAAAAAAAAAAAUAAUAAUAAUUCGGAUCUCAAUGGAUAAUGAUAAUAAAUCGCACAGUCUAGCGGCCUUGCUUCCCUCCGCUAAGGCAAUCUGCGAAAUGAAUGUGCUGGGAUGUAUAUAAAAGUUGAUGGCCAUAGAGGCAUUGAAAAUUUUAAGUAUCAUUCAAAAUUGAAGAAAGUGAAGAUAAUGACGGCUACUGUAAUUUAAGACCAUAAUCAUUCAACAGGGAGAGAAGAAUCAACAUGUUAUCAAGGUCUGUUGACGAUAGUCUUUAUUUUAAUCAUGCUAUUAACGAGAGGUAGGAUCGAUGUUAAUUUAGUC